GUGAGUGACACCUGUGCAAGACCUGAGUGGGGAUCCACACCCCCGCCCGAGUGGAUGACCACUGCUUUUCGCUGUACUGUUUCAGCACCAUGAACAAGAUGAAAAACUUUAAGAGGCGCUUCUCUUUGUCUGUUCCUCGCACUGAGACCAUUGAGGAAACAGAAUUUACAGAGCAGAUCAAUCAACUCAACAUUCAGCACAUUCAAGGUCUGGCUCCAGACCGGCUGAGUCCACGUUCUCACGAUGUCAGUCCGAUGAGUCCUGAUCGAGCAACACCGGAAGCUCAGUCUCCAUCCCACCUCCACUACCACAGCAAAGCCCAGCACAGACGUUUCUCCAUGGAGGAUGUCAGUAAGCGUAUGUCUCUACCAAUGGACAUCCGCCUUCCUCCAGAGUUUCUUGAGAAACUGCAACUGGAGAGUGAAAACCCACCACUCUGCAAACCUCUCAGCCGUAUGUCUCGACGUGCUUCACUGUCUGAUAUAGGCUUUGGGAAACUGGAGACGUAUGUGAAGCUGGGAAAACUGGGUGAGGGAACAUAUGCAACUGUGUUCAAAGGACGAAGCAAACUAACAGAGAACAUUGUGGCAUUAAAGGAGAUUCGGUUGGAACACGAGGAAGGAGCACCAUGCACUGCUAUCAGAGAGGUGUCUUUACUGAAGAACCUGAAACACGCCAACAUCGUCACACUGCACGACAUCAUCCACACGGACCGCUGCCUCACGCUGGUGUUUGAGUAUCUUGACAGUGACCUUAAACAGUAUUUGGACAACUGUGGGAAUCUGAUGAGCAUGCACAAUGUCAAGAUCUUCAUGUUCCAGCUGCUGCGUGGUCUGUCAUACUGUCACAAGAGAAAAAUCCUCCACCGGGACCUGAAACCUCAGAACCUGCUCAUCAAUGACAAGGGGGAGCUCAAGCUUGCUGACUUUGGUCUAGCAAGAGCCAAGUCUGUCCCAACUAAAACCUAUUCCAAUGAGGUGGUAACACUGUGGUACCGCCCCCCUGAUGUGCUUUUGGGAUCAACAGAGUACUCCACACCCAUCGACAUGUGGGGUGUAGGCUGUAUCCUAUACGAGAUGGCAACAGGUCAUCCCAUGUUCCCUGGUGCCACAGUAAAGGAGGAGUUGCACCUAAUUUUUCGUCUCAUGGGGACUCCAACAGAAGAGACUUGGCAAGGCAUCAGUAGUAAUGAGGAGUUUAAGUCCUACCUCUUUCCUAAAUAUAGACCUCAGGCUCUCAUAAACCAUGUGCCCAGGUUGGAUACAGAAGGGAUUGAUCUGCUGUCUGCUCUGCUGCUGUAUGACACCAGGAGCCGAAUGUCCUCUGAAGCCGCCCUCAGACACCCCUACUUCAUGAGUCUGGGGAAUAAUAUACACAAUUUAGCAGACACUACCUCUGUGUUUUCCCUCAGAGAGGUGCAUCUCCAGAAGGACCCGGGUCAUCGCAGCUCAGUGUUUCAUCCUCUUGGUCGAGGAAAAAACCGAAGACAAAGCAUCUUCUAGAAUUCAUUGACUGGAGGAUGGUGCCACACGGAGAAACUGCCGGUAUCGGCCAUGAAGCACAAAGACCAACCCUGCUCAACACAAUUCCAAGCAUGUUCAUCUCCAUGCACAUUCUUGCAUGUAUUGUACAUGUGAAGUCCAUGCCCAGUCAGUCAUUUCUAUGGCCACUGAAUGGGAAAACAAUGGGUUUCUGGGGUAAUAAUCCUGUGCUGCACUUGAGUUUGCUGGGGGGUGAUACAGUAUAGUCUGUCCCUCCAUAUAGAGAUUGCAAAUUUAGCAACACCAAACACACUAAAACCUGGACACAGCACAUA